AUGCGCUGUCAUCAGCUAUUCCUCCUGGGCUGGCUACAGCUCUGUCAAGCUCGCCAGCCAGGCUUUAGUGUCCACCAUGAUCUACUAACAUACCCUCAGUUCGAGAUAGUCUUCUCAGAGACCUACAUUUCCGAACCCGAAGCGCAAGCCCUGGUCGAGAAGACAGACCCGGCCCACCCCAACUACGAAGCCGAUUUCGCCGGUCAGAUCGACCUCGCCUCCAAAAUCCGUGCUGCCAAGGAUGGAGAAGAAGGCCCCAGCAGUGGCGACCACAAGGUUGCCGAGUCGUACGAGAUCAUGAGCAUGCCACCACAGCGUUACCUUUGUGCCAUUCCAGUCAUCGAAGCUCCUCCCGCCCCAAACAAGACUGCCACCGAGCUGGCCAAAGCGGAGGAGGCGCGGGAGCUAGCGAGGGCUUCGGCUCACGGUUGGGAUCUGGUCAACGCCCUUGACGGUAGCUGCCUCUAUUACAUGUCAGGGUGGUGGAGCUAUCGGUUCUGCUACGGCCGCGAAAUCACGCAAUUCCAUGCAUUACCUGCCAGCAUGAAGACUGGCCCGCCUAAGAGGGAUCCUACCACGGCAGAGUAUGUGCUGGGCCGAAUUUCCGAUCCCAAUCUAGCCUCACGCCGACGUGGCCAGAAACCACCCCCCAAGGGCCGAGAGCAGCAAGGUCAGCCGGCGGGAGCAGCCCCGUCAAACACGGAAUUGCAAGUGAAAGGGGACCAGCGAUACCUGGUCCAGAAGAUGAGCGAAGGCACCGUCUGCGAUCUGACAGGCCGCGAUCGGACAAUCGAGGUGCAGUUCCACUGCAGCCCCGGCAGCACACAGGACCGUAUUGGUUGGAUUAAGGAGGUAACCACGUGCGCGUACCUGAUGGUGGUGAACACGCCCCGACUGUGUGAAGACGUAGCCUUCCAGCCGCCAAAGGAGGAACGAGCGGACGUCAUAAGCUGCAGGGCUAUUGUGCCGGAAGCUGAGCAAGCAGAAUGGCAUGCGCGUAAAACCCUAGAGGCAGAGGCCGCCAUGCUGGGACAGACCAAGCAAACAGUAGCACCAGUCACCAUCGGUGGAGUCAUUGUUGGCGGACGACAUAUCCUCGGGAGAGGGGAAAAUGGCAAAGAGGCACCCAAACUGGCACCCCCUCGGAACUUCCGCGGUGGGGACACAGAACCGGUCGUUGAGGUUGUCGCUCGGGGGUCUAGCAAGGAAGACGGCAGCAAGGUCCAGAUGCUCACCGACGAGGAGCUUGCGCAGCUGAACCUCAGUCCUGAGAUGAUUGAGGAGCUGAGGGAAGAGCUGCAGAAGCUAGCAGGCGAUAGAGGUUGGAAGCUUGAGGUCGUCGAGGUAGAUCCCAGAGAGAUCGUUGGAGUGCUUGACGAGGACGAAGAAGGUGAUGAAGAAGGCAAAGGCGAGGGUGAGCAAACAGGCAGCGAGGAAAAGUUCUUCAGGGAGGACCUGUGA